UUAACAAACGUACCUAAUAGCCUCCCUACCUCCUCCCUCCUACGAGUCCUACCCCCUCCUGCUCUCUCUCAGGUCUCCAUUGAAGCGCCUUCUGAUACUUUGUAUCACCCGUUGAAGCAGCUUCUGAGGUAACAAAUUCGAUCAAAUGGAUGAUCACAUAAGCAAUUUACCGGAUGACAUUCUUUGUCACCUUCUUUCUUUCUUGCCUAUAAGAGAUGCUGUUAGAACAAGGUCAUUGUCACAUAGGUGGAAAGACCUUCCCGAUUGCCGUUCAAUCCUGGAGUUUACUUCUAUCUUUGAUUUCAGUAAUAGAUGCUGUGAUGAAAUCACAUUUUCCCAUCUCCCUUGUUUGAGGGAAGUGUAUUUGCGGAUUUUUUGUGAAAGAGACGGCUGCUGCUCAUCUAAGUUUGUUCAUAACCUCACCAGAAACGCUCCUAAGCUUCAGCACUUAUUUCUUACGGUAAACAAUGAGGUACCAUCAAUGCUUGCAAGCAUUGUUACGCAUAGUCUGAAGCAGCUGCAUUUACGUUUAUGCGUUCCAAUAGGUUUUGAUCUUUUCACUAUAACUGAUUUCCUACAUGCUUUUCCCACCCUUGAGGCAUUACAUAUAGAGAUGAAGUAUCGCUUGAAAAUCAAACGGAGCCCAAAAAGACAUUGUCCAAACCGCCUACAUUUCCAGUUGAAAAAAGUUACAUUCGAAAGCUAUAGUGAAGUGGGGAAAGAAAUAGAUUUUGUGAUAUAUUUGCUAAGAAAUUCCAUUGCACUUGAGCAACUACUCAUUAUGCCGAAUAAAUUUUCCAAGUGUGAAGAGCUAAAUUUCAACUUGCUCCAAGGAGUCAUCCAACUGCAGAAGUCAUAGUAUCUCAUCAAAAGUAAUCCCAAUCUUUCCUGGAGUUGUAGACGUGUCGUAUGGUGUUUUGUCAGAAAAAAAUCCAUGUGGAAGAGGGAGCCAAUUUUAACUUGCUCGAGGGAGUAGAUGCAGAAGUUAUAAUAUCCCGUUAAAAGUAAUCCCCCUUUUUUUCCGGAGUUGCAAAUGUAACGUGUCGUGUUCUGUUCGUAACCGUCUUUAAAGUUAAAUGGUUGGGAACCUCAACAUAAACCAAAAUCAUUAUUAACGUGUCGUGUUGUGCUGAUUUGUUUAAUUCAGCAUGUCGAGGACUACUUUUUCAGUCUUCACUUGUGUCUUGUUGUGUUACAUGAAAAAGUACUAGCCUCAUAACAUAUUUAUCAAUAAUUUCAUUUACUAAUGGUUUUUUGUUUGG